AUGAACUUACUUUUGUUUUAUACGUCGAUAUUAUUUCUCUUUCUUAUUCAUGGAAGCACAGCCAAAUUGCCAAGGAUUAUCAAACCGUGUUCAAGAAAUUUGCAGAAUAUUAAUAGUUGCAUUAUAGAUUCAAUUAAUAUGCUCCGACCGAAUCUCAUAUCUGGGAAUUUGGGUGAAGGCUUUGAAAUUCCCAAACUAGAUCCGUUAAUAAUCGAUGAAAUUAAAAUAUCGAAUGGAAAUGACUUACAAGCAAACUUUAAGAAUCUAUCAGUGUUCGGACCGAGCAACUUCAAAGUAUUAAACCUUGAAACGAACAUCAAGCAAAUGAGCUUCAGUUUCGAUUUGGAACUACCUAAUUUGGAAUUUAUUGGAGAUUAUUCUAUAGCGUUAAGAAUUCUCAUAAAAUUAUCUGGAAAUGGAAAGUUACAAGGAAUGUUUAAGAACUGUUUUACGCAUGUUUCAGCUUCAGGGAAACUUACUGAUGAAUUUGACCACGUGGAAUUUCAAUUGAAAGUGAGAAUGAAAGUCUCGUAUGCGCAGUUUAAACUCGAGAAUCUUUUUGACAACGAUUCGUUCCUCAAUAAAAUUGGAAAUAGAGUGAUAAAUGACAAUUAUGAAGUAUUUCUCAACGAGUUAGUACCGGGUCUUGAAGAUUCUUUAGGAACUAUAUUUUCAAGAAUUGUAAACAACAUAUUAAAGAAUUCAACGUACAACGAAAUGUUUCCUGAAAAUUAGUAAUUAUUUGCUUAUUAUGUUCAUAUUUCAUACCUUAUUUUACCACGAGUAAUUCAGUGCCAAAUAAAAUUUGUUAAUUU